AUGGAUCAACAAGGCCACGGGCAGGCCCAAGGGAUGAACACAGUGAACACCUCUGCCCAAAUGCCCUACACCAUGCCCCCAUACCCACCUCCAAACCAAAUGAUGGGCAUUGUCCCCCCUGCCCCCGGGCAGCCCUCCCAAACCUCGGGUCUCCCUUCCCCCCCUGCCCAACUUGCCCAACAACAACUCGCCUACCAACACAUCCACCAACAACAACAACAACAACUCCACCAACAACUCCAAAACUUUUGGACAAAUCAAUACCAAGAAAUCGAACAAACAACCGAUUUCAAAAACCACUCUCUUCCUUUAGCCCGAAUCAAGAAAAUCAUGAAAGCAGAUGAAGAUGUUCGCAUGAUAUCUGCAGAAGCACCUGUGAUUUUUGCACGUGCUUGUGAGAUGUUCAUUCUUGAGUUGACUUUAAGGUCAUGGAAUCAUACUGAAGAGAAUAAAAGGAGGACACUUCAGAAGAAUGAUAUUGCUGCUGCUAUUACACGAACUGAUAUUUUUGAUUUUUUGGUUGAUAUUGUUCCACGUGAGGAUUUGAAAGAUGAGGUGAUUGCUUCCACGAUUCCUAGAGGUGGGCCACUUCCGGUUGGGGGGCCCACUGAGGGUCUACCGUAUUACUAUAUGCCGCCACCACAGGUUGGUGGUUCAGGGAUGUAUAUGGGGAAGCCGGUGGAUCCUCAGGCGAUGAGCCUCCAGAAGAUGCUUGAAUUGAACACAGUGAUGAAAGAGACCCUGAAGAUGGUGGGUGUAGAUGAAGGAAGAAGAGUUGAUAUCUUAUCUGUUAAAUUUUCUCAUGUGAGGAUGUAUCGAAUGGUUAUUGAUUUAGAGGGAGCUUUACUUCUGAAUGAUUCCAUCAGGAGGUGUAUGGGUGUCUCCUUUGGUAAUCAGUUUAGUUUUAAAAAAUUUGGUAAUAAGACAAAAGUUUAUAAGGUUUAA